AUGGCGGUGCACCACGUGGGCGUCAGCGAGCGCGGCACCAUCCUGGUGGCUUUGGCGCCGUCGAAGGCGGCGCCGGCGGCAGCCCCGGGCUUCGGCGCCUUCGCGCGGUCGGCGGACCUCGCGGCUUUCGUGCGGCGGGUGCUGGAGGUGGUGGAGCAGGAGCUGGGGCUCAGUUCCUACCACCUCCGGGUGCUGCCCUACCAGCGCGCCUUCUCCAGCGACGAGGCCUUGGCGCUCUUCCUCCUUGCGGACGAUGCUGCGCCGGUGAGGGAAGCGAGCGCUGCGUGGGGCUUCCUGUUCUACGUGGCAGGUACCAACGAUGUGGUGCGCUACGUGCCAGUGAUGUCAAACAUGGAUGACCUGGACGCGCCGAUCAUCUACCAGGACGCGGAGGGCAAGACUGUGGAGGUGCCGGGCCUCACGCUGCGCUCCGUGGUGCUGCGGGGCCAGGAGCCCGAGGCCGCGGUGCGCUGCAGCCUGGACUUCCAGGGCCGCAGCUGCUACGUGGUGGUGAUGGCCCCCGGGUCCCCGGCGGCGCUGAAGGCGGCGGCGGCUGGGGCGGGGGAGGUGGUGCGGCUGCAGCGGGAGCUGGAGGACCCGGAGCUCCAGGCACUCUGGGGCGCCGCAGCAGAGCUGGCAGAGAGCCACGGGGGCUUCGAGGAGAUGCAUUUGAACGCUGGGAACUUUCAGAAUGUGGCGCAGAUGCACCUGAAGGUCUGGAUCUGCCUGGACCAGUUCCUGGAGAUGUGGGGGGACCAGCCGGUCUAUCAGCAGCUCCGCGCGAGCCGGCACCAGCGUGAGAAGGCGCAUGCUGCCGCGAAGAAGGCGGCGGCAGAGGCGAAGGAGGCCAGGGAGCUAGAGGAGGCAAUUGCACUGUCCCUGCAGUGA